AUGGCCAUGGCACGGCCCAUACGGGCCCUGGUCGUCGUGUCCGUCAUGCUGUGGUGCUUCUUCAUCUACCUCAUAUUGGGACCCCAAAGGGAAAUCCACCUCCCAGAGCGCUACAGCCAUGAGCGCGACCCCAACCUAGACCGUGAGCGCGAGCCUGCCAUGGCGACCCCAUCCCACGACGACCCCGCGCGGCGGCAGCUGACUCCCCCCCCCUCUGCAGUGACCGGCGAACCCGAGGGCACGCUGACCUAUGCCUCGGAAGCCUACGCCCCCGGCGUCGAGAACUCGGCACGCAUCAACGCGACGCUGCUGGCCCUGGUCAGGAACGAGGAGCUCAUCGGCAUGCUGUCGUCGAUGCGCGACCUCGAGCGCACCUGGAACCACAAGUUCAACUACCCGUGGACCUUCUUCAACGACGUCCCCUUUACCGACGAGUUCAAGCGCCGCACCGCCGCCGCCACCAACGCCGAGGUCCGCUACGAGGUCAUCCCCAAGGAGCACUGGGACAUGCCGUCGUGGAUCAACAAGGACCUCUACCGCGAGUCGACCAAGAUGCUCAAGGAGAACGGCAUCCAGUACGCCGACAAGGUCUCCUACCACUCCAUGUGCCGCUGGAACAGCGGCAUGUUCUACAAGCACCCGGCCCUCGCCACGACGCGCUACUACUGGCGCGUCGAGCCCAAGGUGCACUUCUUCUGUGACGUCGACUACGACGUCUUCCGCUACAUGCAGGACAACAACAAGACGUACGGCUUCACCAUCAACCUCUACGACGCCCCCAAGUCCAUCCCCUCGCUGUGGCCCGAGACGAUGAAGUUCCUCGCCCAGAACCCCGCCUACCUGCACCAGAACAACGCCCUGCACUGGCUGACCGACCGCCUGCGCCGCCCCGAGCACACCAAGGAGGCCAACGGCUACUCGACGUGCCACUUCUGGAGCAACUUUGAGAUUGGCGACAUGGACUUUUGGCGCAGCAAGCCCUACGAGGACUACUUCAACCACCUCGACCGCGCCGGCGGCUUCUUCUACGAGCGCUGGGGCGACGCCCCCGUCCACAGCAUCGCCCUCGGCCUGUUCGAGGACGCGAGCAGACUGCACUGGUAG